AUGGCGAAGAUCUGGGCGAUACAGAAAGUGCUCGAUCCUGCAUAUCUGAGUCGCUGCCAGACGACUUUGAGACAGUGGUUUGAGACAGCACAACAAAUUCGUGACAAGUAUUUCACCGAUAUAGAUGAUUAUCUGGCUACCAGAGCUGUGGAUUGCGGUGCCAACUGGAUUGUCCAUCUUAUGGCCUGGUCUAGUGGUCUUGUGCUCACACCAGAAGAAUACGACAAAGUCGGACCAGUUACGUAUCUAGCUUAUGUCGAGAAAGAGAAACGGGCAACAAGAGAAUCGGAAGGAUCUGCUCCACUCGUGAAUGCCGUGCAGUUGGUGAUGGAAAUAUAUAAUACUAAUGAAGAAAGCGCGAAGGAGAUUGUCUGCAACAUUAUCCAGGAGCAUGAAGAACGUUACUGCCGUCUUCGUGAUGAAUAUCUCAAAAGACCAGAUAUUACCUUGGCGAUUAAGAAGCGGUUUCGGAUUGUUGAGCUAUCCAUUGCUGGAAAUGCAAUGUGGAGCAUCCGCGUUUUGCGAUAUCAUCAAGACGUACAGAAUCCCUACGAAGGAACUUUCGACUUUCCUUCUGUCUUUAGCUCUCUGAAAAUAACGCAGUUUUCUCCAGAUGUGACAUCACAAAGAGAGGGCAUCGCAGAUGUGAAACAAAAGAGUUCAGCAUUGGCGCCAGCACCGAAGCUGGAUGACACCAUAUCAUGGAAGCCAGACGAAUAUCUCACCUCCACACCAACGAAAAGGUUCCACAAUCAACUGGUAGACGCCCUCCAAGAGUGGUACCAGCUUCCCCAACCCUCGCUAGCUAUUAUUUCCGGAAUAGCAACUCUGCUCUAUGAAGCAUCUCUCAUGCUGAACGAUGUACAACACGUCAACCUCCUCCGUCGCGGCAAGCCUGCAGUCCAUACCAUCUUCGGCGUAGGACAAACCAUCAACUCGGUAUGUUUCCAAAUCAAUAACGCCCAGCGACUCUGUCUGCGGCUUUCUGCUUCAGCAUCCUUGAUCUUUUCCGACCAACUUGCCCACCUCUUCGCCGGCCAAGCCCAUGACCUCCACUGGGCCAGACACAAGACCAUUCCGACAGAAGAAGAGUACUUCACAAUGGUCGACGGCAGUAACACCCUCGACUUAACUCACUUCAUGAACCUAAUUGGAAGAGCCUACCAACUGGGAGACGACUACCAAAGUCUAGCAUCCGCAGAUUACACCACCCAGCGCGGUCUUUGCCAAGGCCUUGACCAAGGAGGAUUCUCUUAUGCUUUACUCCGCGCCCUACAAAAUUCCGAAGACCCCACCGCAACCCGGGGUGUACUACAUGAGCUUUCUGUGGAGAUAAUGAGGCAGCUUGAGAUGUAUGAAAGCAAGACGAAGGUGAAGAAUUGGUUGUUGGCGACUAUUCUGGCCAAGCUGCAGAAUGACUUCUCUACUCGAAAAACUGAGAGUAAGAAAGAGGAUACAUUGGAGAAGGUGUUGCGUGUGUGGGGUGGCUAUCGGGAUGAGGCGUGGAGGGAUGUUCUGAACUGAACUAGGGUUGGAGACAGAAUCUUUGGACCUGAUCUCACAUAGUCGGCAUAUUUGA